UGUGAUGUAGUACACGUGUGGUCAGUGGGUUUGCAGACAGUGUGAUGCAGUACAUGUAUGAUGGAGUACAUGUGUGAUGGUUUACAGUCAGCUCUCAGAGAGGAGGGGGCUGGCUGGUGGUUGGUGGGGGAGGGGUUUUACACACAGACAGGAAGAGACCUGCGUGUUCACAUUCUGCCAUAAACACCAAACACCCCCGGCUCUGCUGCUCUUCUCCCCCGAGCGACUGUUGUUGUGACGCGAGGACCGGAUGAAAAACACACACCACAGCAUGAAACCCCACAAGAGACAUUUCUCACAAAACCACAGCGACCCCCACCCCUCAAAAAAACCAGGGUCAAAGUUCACAGGAAGCUGGGGGGCUGCCAUUUUUCGCUGCUGCUACAGCUAACGUCUAACGCUAGAUGCUAAACCGACGCGGAGGUGCGGUUGGUUUUUUGGAUUUUGUAGCUCGCUGGACUCGACCGAUCCCGGUCGUCGCACGCAAUCCGCCACUCCUCCGGCCGUUGUCGCGAACAGACCGCCGCUCUUGGAUGAAUUCGGCAUGGAGAAAGUAGCGGAGCCGUCUUGGACUUCUUCGUACACCUACCAGGUGAGCAAGCACAGCGCGGAGAUGCUACACAACCUCAACGUUCAGAGGAAAGAUGGAGGCAGGUUCUGCGAUGUGGUGCUGCGCGUCGGCGAGGAGAGCUUCCCUGCCCACAAGGCUGUGCUGGCCGCCUGCAGCGAGUACUUCGAGUCGGUGUUCGGCCGCCAGACGGAGGGCGACGGCGACGCCAAGGAGCUGGAGAUGCACACGAUCAGCCCGAAAGUUUUCAAAGACAUCCUGGACUUCGCGUACACCUCCAGGAUCGUGGUGCGGCUGGAGUGCUUCCCGGAGCUGAUGACAGCGGCCAAGUUCCUGCUGAUGAGGUCGGUGAUCGAGAUCUGUCAGGAGGUCAUCAAGCAGUCCAACAUCCAGAUCCUCGUCCCGACCUCUCGGGGGGGAGAAGCCAGCCUCUUCCAGGCCACGGCCGCCGCGGAGCUGGGUUAUCCGGCGGCUCAGGAGGGGCUCGUGAACGGAACGGGGCUGCUGGUGAACGGGCAGAGCUUUGCUAGCAAUGCGCAGAUGUCCAUGGAAGCGAGUGAGGACGCCGCCGCCGCCGUGUUGCUGGAAGACGGCGGAGAGUCGUCGGUGCCGAUGCUGGAGCCUGUGGACGGACUGUCCGUGUCCCCGACCGCGGAACUAACGGGGAACACGCUUCAUCACGACGGCGACGGCUCCCCGGGGUCAAAGAGGAGCAGGGGGCGACCAAAGAAAGCUGGUGGUGUCGUGGAGGCGCUUCACUUCAACCACAGCACCCAGAAAGACAACGGGCUGUUUCCGUGCGGCACCUGCGGGAAAGCUUUCACCGAAGCCUCCCGCUUGAAGAACCACGAAGCCCAGCACGGAGCCUCCAGCGGCGGCGCACACAGCGUCGGUGACAGCCUGUCAUCGGCGGGCGGCUUGUCGUUAAUGUCCCACCCGGGUCUGGCGGAGAACGGCUUGCAGUUACCCGGCGGGCUGGCGAUGGACAACCCGCGCAAGCGGGAGAGGACCAGGCGGCACGUCGGCUGUGACAUUUGCGGGAAAGUUUUCCGCGACGUGUAUCACCUGAACCGACACAAGCUCUCCCACUCCGGGGAGAAGCCGUACGCGUGCCACGUGUGCGGGCUCCGGUUCAAACGCAAGGACAGGAUGUCUUACCAUGUGCGGUCCCACGACGGCUCUGUCGGGAAACCGUACGUGUGCCAAAGCUGCGGGAAAGGCUUCUCAAGACCCGACCACCUGAACGGACAUAUCAAACAAGUUCACACAACAGAGAGACCCCACAAGUGCCAGAUUUGUAAUGCCUCUUUUGCUACGAGAGAUCGCCUCCGGUCCCAUCUCGCAUGUCACGAGGACAAAAUCCCCUGCAAAGUUUGCGGCAAGUUCCUGCGCGCUGCCUACAUGACGGAUCACCUAAAGAAGCACAGUGAAGGAACACAUAACUACUGCGGCAUCUGCAACAAAGGUUUCUCCACUGCGUCCUACCUUAAGGUGCACAUAAAGACACACCAUGGCUCUCCACUGCCCCCCUCAGCCACAAUGCACAACUUCCCUGAGCCAAGGGGGGGACUGCAGAUGCACAACGGCACCCCUUACCACAUGGGACACCAGUGCUCAGUGGAAGACCUGUGCGCCAGUCGCCAGCUGCUUCUCACCUCGUCUGAGGCGGAGGGUCGCUUUCAUGGGCUCUCUGGACACCCAGUUCAUCCACAGCCUGGCCCUCCAGCCUUGGGCCUGCAGCCUGAGCUGCUCAUGGGGAAGCCAGGUGGGACUCCAUAUUUCUGGGAGUGUCGCUCUGGCGGGGUGCCUGGCUUCCCUGUCCAUGGGCCUGUUACAGACGGAGAGGAGAACGCUGAGAAAUGUCCUCAUCUGGAAUCAGAAGAAUCCGAUCCUUCAUUUGGAGAGUUGCCAAACAGUGACGAACUGAAAUCUCCACACAAACCCGACGGGCCGGAGCUCGAGAUGCCAUCCUUAUCCUGCAACGGAGCUUCUGCAGGGGCGUUGGGUUCCCCCGAGGGAUCCAAAGCCAAGACGGACCCUGAGAAGAAGUUUACCUGCGGGAUCUGUGGUCAGGCCUUCCGCACAAAGUCCUACCUCAACAAGCACCAGCACAGAGUUCACAAAGCCCAGAAGGCCCAGGGAGUUUCAGGGUCUGGCGCAAGUGAGCUGACCCCGUCCCUGUCCUCUCCCUUCUCCCCCCAACAAAACAUGUCCUUGCUCGAGUCCUUUGGCUUUCAGAUUGUCCAGUCCGCUUUCGCCUCGUCACUGGUGGACGCUGAGGCAGGUCAAAGUGGACUCGACUUUGGAGGGAAGUGACAAGUUUGCUGGAGAUAUAAUGAAGCUUGUCACUUGUUGAACGAAGCCGGGUUGCCCACAGAAGAUGCUCCGUAUUUGGGAAUAACUUUGCCUCAAGACUACUUUUUUCUGUUUGUCGCGUUGCUUAAUGUGUAUCCAAUAUUUUUGUCAGAGACUGCCAUACGAUUCCUACUUUUUCUACUUUUUCAGAGUAUGAAAAGUGAACGGCGUGUACAUUUUCUUUGUAAAGAAACGACAUGAAGGUUUUAUUUCCUUUAUCUGACAUGAACCUGUUGAAGUUAUGUUUGGUAGGCUCUCAGUUGUUUUUGGCUUGUGUGUUAAUCUUAGCUGCACAUAUGUUCCUGACAUGAAAUUAAUUAUUUACGGCAUUCUUAAAAUGAUGAUUUUCUUUUAAAUGUCCGCCGGCUCUGAUGUACUUGGUAAAUCAACCCUUGGCCAUUACAACAGUUUUUAAUCUUUCAUAUAAACAGACGUCUUUACCUCAGAGCAACAGGAGGACUGAGUUCUGUAUUUAUGUUGGAUUUAGUUUUUAUUAAGACCAAGGAUUUAAAUUGGCCUUGAUUUUUCUAGCAAGCUUUGCUGCAAAUCUGUUAAUUUCAGACUAUUUACCAUAUUCCUAACAGGCACACGGCAUAUUUCAUUACGCAUUUAUUAGGAGCAACAACUUUGUACAAAAAGAGUGGGUUUAAAGGUGGCUGAGUAGCACUGAUAGUUGUCAAGGACCUUUGGGAAUCAUUAUUGACAGGAUUGUAGCUGACAACGGACAGUUCAGAAGCACUUUUAAAACAAGUAUCAUUAAAACUACAUUUUAUUUGUUAUGGCACCGACACAAAACACAUUUGGCUUCUUAGAAGUUGGCAAAAAUAUUUCACCUUUAAAAAAAAAAAAAAAAAUAGUAAUUAAGCUACCUCAGAAGAUAUUAACACCACAGUGCUUUGUUGUUAAUGUGUGUUAAUCAUAGCUUAAUCAAGUUUUAUUGUGUUUACUUUAUUGGAUUUCUAGAAUUAAAGGUAAAAAAUGAAAACGACCUCAAAGCCCCAGCAGCUUUAAACCAUCCUAAUUUAGUCAGUACUUAGAAGGACCUGUUUCGUCAUUACUUAGCAAAAAGCCUCAGAGGAUAGUUGUAUUUGUGAAUCUUGAGCAGAGUUGGUACACUGAGGUGACGUCUUACAGGAUGUGCCACUGGCAGCUCAUUUGGGUGUGAAUAGCCCUUUAUCAUUUUUUGAUCUGAUCAUUGGUAAAAAAAAGAAAAAAGAAUAAUUAAUAUAAAAAAGUGCAAACCUAAGGAGAGGAAAGCCAUUUAUUAUUGUGAUUUAUACUGUGUCCAGGAAUGUUUUUUUUCAUUUUAUGAAAUAGGUUUUUUCUAUCACGUCGGGUAAAUUUAGAUUUAAAAUCGGUCUUGAAACAUGCCUUGAGCUUGUCGGGACCCCCACACCCCCCACAACAAUGACGAAGUUUCCGAGUAUUGUUUGUUAGUUAUUAAAUCAGUUGUGUACAUUAACCAGGGACCAAGGUCAGGUAUAUUUUCAGUCUAUUUUUUGAGAAAUGUAAAUUAUAUUUUAUUAACUUAUUCAUGCCCGUGCUUUUUUUUUGUGUACAGUUUUUUAUUUUUGAUUGUCAAACAAAAAUCUUGUGAUUUGCUCAUUUUGAUAAUUUUUCACUGUAGAUCAUGUUAAAUGGAGUUCCGUGCGUGUUCUUGUGUGCGCGUUGUGCAGCAGUUAACGGGUUAGAGGAGGGAUGGACACCCUGAUCCACCAGCUUCUGCACCGACCAAACGUAAUGCAACUUUUUCAGAGUCAAGUAACUAAGCUCAAGUUCUUUCUCCAGUGUUUAUUCAUCUUCUUUGCCUGCACGUCUUGUAUUGAUCAACCCCUCUGUCAGUGAUCUAUCAUUCGCUUGCUCUGUUGUGUAGAUGACACGACUUGUGUUUUGCACUAAUAUCCGCUCAGUUAAGGCACAAGCGAUCCACCUUGCUGUCUUUAAUUCAAACUGUUGAACCCAAGACAUUCCUGUGAUGAGAACAAAUGUAAAUGAGCCAUUUUUACUUUUUAAAUAACCCAGUAUGACAUUUGUGAUUGAAUGCAAAGAUCUUUAUAGUAUAAUCUGACUUAAAUGAGGUUUAAGUCUGUAACUGAUUAUUAUUUUCAUUAUCGAUUAUCCUGCAGAUUUGUUUUUGAAUCAUAUAUGUCCAUUUAGACUUUCAAUUAACUUUGUUUGUCUGAUCAACAGUUCAAAACUCAAAGAUACUCAGUAUGCUGUCAUAAAUGCCACAGCUGCAAACCCACUGCAGAAGCUCAAGAAACAAUUAACCCCAUUAACAAAACACUGUAGUUGUUAAUUAUUUUUUAUAUUGAUCGACCAAUUGAUUUAAUGGAUUAGUUCAUAAGAAUAAUCGUUUUCAUAAUCUCUUCACACUGAAACGUAGAUCUAUACAAGGUCGAAAUAACGCAGUUGCAAAAUAAACAAUAUGAGAUUUAAUUAUUGGGUAUCAUGAGGACCUCACAUACAAAACACUUUAAAGAUGAUAUUUUAAUAUCGUGUGUGUGUGUGUGUGUGUGUGUGUGUGUGUGUGUGUGUGUGUGUGUGUGUGUGUGUGUGUGUGUGUGUGUGUGUGUGUGUGUGUGUGUGUGUGUGUGUGUGUGUGUGUGUGUGUGUGUGUGUGUGUGUGGGGAAAAAAAAAAAAGAGCGUGUGUACAUGUGCCAUCUAUGCGUGUGUGUCUGUUUCCUGCUUCUGUUUAAUUAUUAUUUGUAAGUAAAUUUGUCUGUUGAAUUCAGUACAUUCCUAUAUUAUUUAUGUUUUUAUUGUGAUUGUUACAUGUGUAUAUACCAUUCAUAUACACCGUCUAUAGAUAUAUAUAUAUAUAAAUAUAUGAACCAACCAAUAUGAUCAAUGUUUGUCAGUGGUGGUCCUGUACAUAUAUAUCGUUCUUUUUCUUGUCUGUUAUAUGGAGGGGUGUUAAGUUAUGGCCAUUUUGACUGAAAAGUGUAAACUGCAUGUGCCUGGCAUGCGAGCUGAGCUGGGGACUGAAUGUCGAUCACUGGUUGGUGGCAGUAAUGGUUUCACUGGUCACUCUGCUGUCACGCUGCUCUGGUAGCGCUCACACUGCCGGCCGCACGACUCAUGUCUUUUGUUCUUCUUCUUUUGUUUUGAUCCACUCUGCACUAAGGUAUUUACAACUUAAACGUUAUUAAGAGUUGUGUUGUGAUUAUUUGUUUGAAAUCAUGUGGACGAUGCCGUCAGGAAGGAAUUUCUUCACAGGGAUGUAUGAUUUGUUUCACUCCUGUUGGUACUUCAGAGUUAAAAAAGAUCUUUUCAUUGAUUAUUUAGACCUAAAUGGUUUUUGCUUUCUGCUUUUGGUCUGUUGCAAAGUGCCUUCCAAAUACUGAUUGUGCACAGCAGUGGAUUAAAAAAGAUCCUCUUUUCUAAAGGUUUAAAAUUGUACAGAGUGACUUGCAUUGACACUUUUGUAUAAAACACUCACAAAAAUGAAAUGUACAAUAUGUUACCUUGGUAUUUUAUCAUCGUAUGCAACAAGAUUGCUCUUUAAACAUGUGAGCUACAUGUGUCUUUGGACAUAUUUCAAUUUAAGCAUACUUUUCUAUAGAUAUUUGUUUUUGUACUCUGUCAUUGAGUCUCAUCUCUCUUGUUGGUACAGAGAUGUGGGCAUCAAAUAAAUUGCAAUUGAAAAAGCUCCUUA